UCCUGGGCGCGGAGAGCCGGCGGGCGGCGGGCGAGCGGCCGAUUCCCCCGCAGCCAUGGCAGCCCUGCGCUACGCGGGCCUGGACGACACCGACAGCGAGGACGAGCUGCCCCCCGGCUGGGAGCAGAGGACCACUAAGGACGGCUGGGUUUACUAUGCCAAUCACACGGAGGAGAAGACCCAGUGGGAGCAUCCGAAGACUGGGAAAAGAAAGCGAAUCGCAGGAGAUUUGCCCUACGGAUGGGAACAAGAAACCGAUGAGAAUGGACAGGUGUUUUUUGUCGACCACAUAAACAAAAGAACCACCUACUUGGACCCAAGACUGGCGUUUACUGUGGACGACAAUCCCACGAAGCCGACCACCAGACAGAGAUACGACGGCAGCACCACGGCCAUGGAGAUCCUCCAGGGUCGAGACCUCAGCGGCAAAGUGGUCGUGGUGACCGGGGCAAACUCAGGGAUCGGGUUUGAAACUGCCAAAUCUUUCGCCCUCCAUGGUGCACACGUGAUCCUGGCCUGCAGGAACAUGGCGCGAGCCAGUGAAGCCGUGUCCCGCAUUCUAGGAGAAUGGCACAAAGCCAAGGUAGAAGCAAUGACCCUGGACCUUGCUCUGCUCCGUAGCGUGCAGCAUUUUGCUCAAGCGUUCAAGGCCAAGAAUGUGUCACUUCACGUGCUUGUGUGCAACGCAGCUGUGUUUGGGCUCCCCUGGACCCUCACAAAAGAUGGCCUGGAGACCACCUUCCAGGUGAACCACCUGGGCCACUUCUACCUUGUCCAGCUCCUGCAGGACGUCCUGUGCCGCUCAGCCCCUGCCCGGGUCGUCGUGGUCUCCUCGGAGUCCCAUAGGUUUACGGAUAUUAACGAUUCCUCGGGAAAACUAGACUUUAGCCGCCUUUCUCCAUCGAAAAGCGACUACUGGGCCAUGCUGGCCUACAACCGGUCCAAACUGUGCAACAUCCUGUUCUCCAACGAGCUCCACCGCCGCCUGUCCCCCCGUGGGGUCACGUCGAACGCAGUGCACCCCGGGAACAUGAUGUACUCCGCCCUUCACCGCGGCUGGUGGGUGUACACGCUGCUCUUCACCUUGGCGAGACCCUUCACCAAGUCCAUGCAACAGGGAGCCGCCACCACCGUGUACUGUGCCGUCGCCCCGGAGCUGGAGGGCCUGGGAGGGAUGUACUUCAACAGCUGCUGCCGCUGCCUGCCGUCAGCCGAAGCCCAGAGUGAAGACUCCGCGCGGGCCCUGUGGGCGCUCAGCGAGCGGCUGCUUCAGGGGGCACCCGGCGGUCCGCCCUCCUAGGCGGGCAUCGGCCCGACGCCCACCCCGCUGAACCCCCCCACCUCUCACCCCACGGCCUUCCACAUCCCCACAACCCAGACCCGCCAGAGGCCCAGGAUGUAAGCACUGACGCAACAGAGCACGCAGCGUUAGGUACCCCUAGGGAGCAGGGCGUUGGUGGGGAGAAGGGGCGGUACCUCUUGUCCGGGGCUGGGGGGCAGCCCGGGUCCCUGUGCUGCCCUGGCAAUGGCCCGUGUGACGGUGAAGCUUCGCCUUCACACGGGCGAAGGGAGGCUCUCCGUCCCACCGCAGAAGCACGUGCAGUUCUCAGCACUCAGGGUCCCUCGGUGCCCCCCACCCCGUCCCACCAGCCACCACCCCAGCCACACGCUCAUGGCCACACUGUAGCCAGGAGCCGGCUUUCUCCUGUCUGGGGAAGAAAGAGCCGGUGUUUAUCCUUCACGCACUCAUCCACGAGAUCACUGCUCCAUCCUGAUCCAGUCUGAGUCCUGGACAGCCCCUCUGGCCCCUGUUCCGGCCGAGGAGGAGGGGACACUGAGAAACGGGCGGCGCGGACGGUGGGUGCGCUGCCGAGCACUGAGCCACUGCCGGAGCAGCACAGAGGCUUCCUCAGGGCACAGCAAGCAGACCCCGCGACGGGCAGGAGAGGCGGCCCGGCACCCCUGAGGAUGCCCCGGGUGCUUGGGGGCUGGGGAUAAAAGGCCGUUCCCGCCAGCCUUCCCGCAGUCUCAGGAAGGACCCCGUCACAGGUGCACAGCCCCCGCGUAUCUGUUCAGCGUCCUGCUUCCGCACCCUCU